AUGCGGGCCGACGGUGCCGAUAUUUCCGUUGAGCAUCCUCCUAUUCCCACAUUGAAUCCAAAACUCCAAUUGAUUCACGGCGAGCUGACGAGAAGCUCCGAGGGCGAAGCCGAAUGGACCGGCAUCCCUCUCAGGGACUCGACAGGAUGGAGACACGAAACCGUGUACCGGACAAAUCGCAAGGAGGAUUGA